GGGGUGAAGGUGAGUGUAUGCCAGCCAUUCGUGUCACGCUGACAAUGCACACACAACAUUAAACAACAUGACGGGACUCUCUGACAUUGACGGGCCAGGGAGCUAGUUUGUUGUCUCCUUCAGAAACACAUUUUUUUUUAGGUUUAGGGAGGGGAGGGGUAAUAUCUGCGUCGGACCUUCUAAUCCAUGGUAUAUAAAUGGACCUGGUUUGUCCUUCACUGGUCAGUUGUUGUCUUGUCUGGAGUGAUCAGCAGAUUUCGGUGAUUGUCUAGAGUGCUUCUGUUGUACAGAAAGUACCUGAGAUAAAUCACCUUUUAGAUUAGCCAGACUUGCGACAGACAAAACUUGUGAUUGAGACGCUAGCUCGUGAAGUAUUUUUAACAGCCAUCUCGAGAUUAGUAGUCUCAUCUACUACACGCUCAUCUACAGAGAUUCUAAGUGCCUUACAGUUCAAAUACGUAAACUGUGAUAGUACUCUAUAAGGUCUUUGAAUAGAGAAGGUCUCUCCAACAGUAGGUCUGAGAUCAUUUUGCUUCAUAAGAGGAGAUUUGAGACUAGCACUUCUUUGUUAGAGUUAUUUUUAAAAAAUCAGUAAAAUGAAGCUGUUGUUGAUGUUUGUACAGCUUCUGGCCUUGACAUUCGGGAAACACAUCUUCUGCUACUACAGUAGCUUCGCCCAAACUCGCAAGGGUGUUGGCAAAUUCUUGCCUGAGGAUAUCAACCCACAUCUCUGCACCCACCUGAUAUACGCCUUUGUUCACAUCACCAGCGACGGACGUGGGCUCCGCCCUUUCAACAAAAAUGACCUGGGUCAAAACGGUCUUUACGCCAGAACCCUUGCCCUGAAGAAAGCCAAUCCUUCAUUGAAAGUACUUCUGGCAGUGGGAGGCUGGCAAAUAGGAUCCAAACCCUUCCUUCCAAUGAUCAAGACCGAGGAAACUAGAGCGACAUGGAUUAGGAACGUGAUUAAGUAUAUCAGAAAGCGCGGAUUUGACGGACUUGAUAUGGACUGGGAAUUCCCAGCCACUAGAGGAAGUCCAUCAGAAGAUAAAUAUAGAUUUACAGCUUUGAUGAAGGGACUCUACGAAGCUUUCCAGAAAGAAUCCGAGGAGACGGGUAGAGAGAAACUUCUUCUGACUCUGGCCACGGCGUCUGGUACUUACUACAUUGACCAGAGCUAUGAACCUUAUAAGAUAAUAAACUACAUUGACUUUAUGCUACUUAUGACUUACAACUACCAUGGUCAGUGGGAAAAGAAGACUGGCCAUCACAGUGGACUUUACCCUCACAAAGAUGACCCUAAGUAUGGUGAGAAGUCGCAGCUGUACCAGGAAUGGUCUAUUGACUAUUGGUUGUCAGCGGGCAUUUCCAAAGAUAAACUUAUCGUGGGAAUUCCCACAUACGGGAUGACGUUUACUCUGGCUGACGCUUCCAAACAUGGCGUACACGCUCCAGCUAUUGGUGGUGGCGAAAUGGGACAGUACACUAAAGAAUCGGGAAUUCUCGCCUAUUACGAGGUCUGCAUGAAUCUAAGAGACAAGGGCUGGAAACAAGAGUGGAUAGACGACCAGAUGGUCUCUUACGCCUACAGUGGUAACCAGUGGGUGGGCUAUGAAGACAGAAGGAGUAUGGCCUUUAAGGCUGCCAACAUAAUGAAAAGAGAUGUGGGUGGAGCAUUCGUCUGGUCAGUAGAGAUGGAUGACUUCAAUGGUGCGUGUGGUCAGGGCCAGUACCCUCUCCUUUCAACCCUGGUGGACGCGCUAGGACAUGGUCCAGUGUCUCAGACUGCCGCACGUGAGAGAGUAACGCCUCUGCUAACAGAUCAAAGAAAUAGGGAAGAGAUACUUGUUCGGUUAAACACCACGCCCGAGCCUAGUGGCAUGUCGCUUUCAAAGGGCGUCUCCAAUUCAAAGACCAGAAGCAGCCCGAGCCCUGACCAAGUAAAAGUUCCUGAGGUCAUUCUCAACUACAGCAUCAUCCGCAAAAACAAGAAUGGGCCCCUGAACAAACCAUCAGCAACGUCACGACAGCAUCGCCUUAAGAACGUCGAAAUUUUUUCCUCGACCGAGAGCUUUUCGACUUCUCUUCGACCUACUCAAGCUCCUGGCUGGCUUCAUCAAAUUGGUUUACAGGAGAUGCCCAGUGCUGAAACCGUUGAAGAAAAAGGGCAUCAAAACACUUCUCCGGAAAUGCCCAAAUCCAAACCAGUGAUCAAACUUCAAGAAUCUUCUGCCUUACUACAGCACAAGACCAAGAAUCUGAUCCAUGGAACACCUUACUGGAUAAAGCCAGCGCUAACUGAGACCACAGAAUUGCCCUUCACUGAACAGCCGGUGGUAGAUUCUUCCAAGUAUAGUAACAAGGGAGCUCAGUCAAAAGUGUGGUGGGCUCGUCCAUAUCCGAUAGACAGGUCAAAGGCUAAAACCAAAUCCGCUUCCGGGGCACAGCGUGGACAGUCCUCCAAUACCAUGUGGUGGAAACAAGAAGAGGCUAGACAGAGUCAAAAUUACGCCGUCUAUAUCGCCUCACCACAUAGCAGAAAUGAGGUCAAGGUGAAGGCUUUAGAGCUUCCCGCCAAAGAUGGCUACUACGUGAUCAGCUCAUUGAACAACAGAAAUCACCGCUGGUGGGCUGCAGGCAAUCCGUCACACCAGAUACAAAAUGGAGACGGGGCCAAUCAAGGUGGCUCUGGUGACAAGGCAAAUGACUUUUGGUCACGAAGAAGAAGUACCCCACCUGGCCUGAUGGUGGCUAGAUCACAGCAGAUGAUUAUGUCGAACAAGUCUGUACUUGUGAGACAAGAAGUGUGUCGAGAACGAGGCGUCGGGACGUUCGCAGACCCUUUGUCUUGUGAUCAUUUCAUCAUGUGCCUGCCCGGCAAUUGGAUGGACUUCCCGCCUCCUGUUAUGGCCUGUCCGGCAGGGACGAAGUUUGACAGCCGGCUAAACGUUUGCAACUACGCAUCAGACGUGACCUGCCCGCACUGAGCCUAGACCGACCUGGUAGAUACACAAAAUAUUUUGUUCAUUUAAAGAACUAGCUUCUGAAUUUGCUCAAGACCUUGAGGUCACAGCCUGCAAAGCCCAGCAGACGUUAAAGCAAAGGGAUCUAAUCCUGGUCGUCUUAUCUCGACGAGAACAUCAUAUCGGAUGUAAUAUCCUCUCUUCUGAAGGGCAUCUGCAAAUCUGCUAAUGGUACAUCGGAGGAUAGUCAUUAUUGUAUGCAGCUCAAUAAGCUAUUCAUGCGACCGGUCUCCAAGGCAACAGACUUUGCAUCCGGCUCAAACAUCCGGUCACGCAAUCUUGCUUCAAUAAGAUGUCUUAAUGUACGUAAAAAUGAAUAUUUCAUAACCUGUUUGAUCUAAUAGAUAAAUUAUAUAUUUUUCAUUUACGGCGAGAGAAUGUUUGAUUGUUAUAAAUAUAUAUAUAUGUAUAUUUAUAUAUAAACGUCCAAAGAAUUUUGAAAGUUUGGAAUUUGAUAUUUUAGUUCUUCAAACAAAAAUGUUUCAACUUCCAAGUCUUGAAAUGUUAAGAGAUUAUAAAUACAUACAUAAAAUGUAUGAAUGAGAAAUGUAUAGUGGAAUGACUUCCUGGAUGAGAACGGUAUAGUGGAAUGAAACAGGAAGAAGACCCUCUGUUAGUAUUGUUUCCUUUAAUGUUUAUUUUGAGGGAUUUGGCUGCAACAAUUCUUUGGUGACGUAUUCCUUUAUCUGUUAAUUCCUUUAACAAAUUAAAAAAAGGGGGGUGAGAUGGGUGCAACUGACAAAAAAAAGGAAAAGAAAUAAAAACUUUAAGUAUUUUAGUGUCCUACAUUAUAAACUUUGGGCGCAGUAAGUUGUCUAAACCAAAUAACCCUCGUUGUGACAUUUAAUGUCUCACUAAACCUUUCUUGGAGCGCAUUUAAUGUCUUAGUCUUAAACCUUUCCACAGGAUGCAUUUAAGUGUCAAAGUGUGUGGUUCACCUAAUUAUUGUUAAUUCAGGCACCUAAUUCUGUGUGUGUGUGAGUUGUUAUUGUUAAUGAAGCUCAAUUUAAUAACUACACUUAUAAAUAUGUCAAUAUGCUGUAAAAAAUGUCAAUAUGCUGUACAAAUGUCAAUAUCCUGUUGAAAUGAAAAUAUGCUGUUCAAAUGUAAUUAUGCUGUUCAAAUGUAAAUAUGUUGUUCAAAUGUCAAUUUGCUGUUCAAAUUCAACAUGCUGUUCGAUUGUAUUUAUGUAUACAAAGUUGUUGAAAGCUUUACCUGACAUCUGAUAUUUUGCUCACAUUAGUAUUUUGGCUAGGGGCGUGGCGGUCGAAUGAUAAAAAAAACUGAAGUUCAAAUCUCUUUGAAGACUUGGAUUUGAUUCGGGGAUGUCUCUGUCCACCUAAUUCUAGUGUUUAAAAAAAAUGCCAUUUCUUUGUAAAUUAAAAAUGGUUGGUCGUUGUGCUGGCCUUUUGACAGCCACGUUAACCGUCGGCUAUAAAAACAGAUGAGCUUUACAUCAUCUGCCUCCAUACAUCGCAAGGUCUGAACGGGAUACUGAGAAUUUUGGCAAGCAAACUAAAGGAAGAGAGAGAACGAUGCAUGCAAAUCAGUUGGUAGUCAUUUACUAAACUGUUAGCUUAGCCUCUCUCUCACUUGUUCAGUCAUUCAUUCCAGCCAAUCAGUAUUGUCCAUCAUCCAAUCAAUCGUAGUUUGCUGCUCUUUUUGUAAGUCUGUUAGUUAUGUUGACUAAUUGACUAAUCCGAGAUUAAUAAUUACGCUAUCUAUCAAUUUGGCCUGUCAGUAAUUGUUUUUUUCAAUUAAAUCAGAUGACUAGCAGAAUGGUCUCUUCCUACUCUCCCUAUGACAAUAACAAAUUAUUUUUUUUAUUUUAAAAAGUUAAGAUACUCACAAAAAUAAAAAUGGCGCUUGCAUUGUACAUUUUAAAAUGUAGUUUGAGAGACAGAGAGAGAGAGAGAGAGAUGGCAACAGAAAUAUUACUAU